ACUACUCUUCAACAUAACUCCUAUCUCUUCUCUUAGAAUUUUCACUUUCAGUAAUUAAAAAAAAAAACAAAAAAACAUGGCAAACAAUGAUGCUGGUGAAGGGGUGGUGAUGCAAGUGAUGAAGCACUAUUGUCAAGUGGAGACAUGUGAGGCUAAUUUAGAUGGUGCUAAGAAGUACCAUAAAAGACACAAAGUUUGUCAAGUUCAUGCCAAGGCACCUAUUGUUUUGCUUGCUGGUUUAAAGCAGAGGUUUUGUCAACAAUGCAGCAAGUUCCAUGAGCUCUCAGAAUUUGAUGGCACUAAAAAGAGCUGUCGCCUGCGUUUAGACGGACACAACAAGCGGCGUCGCAAGACACCACUGCCCAUUGAGCUGGAAGAUAACCAAUGCAGGUUGAUCAACGGGGAAGCCAGGCCACAUAUGGACAUGACUUUGUCCAGCAGGAACACCAUCUACACUGCUGACAUCUCUGGAUGAAAUGCUUACUCUCUUCUGUCAGCCCCCUCGGGGGCAUCGUUGUUGGACCUUUCGAUUGAUGCUUGUACUGAAAGCAGAACUCAAAUAAUGAUUUAGUGGUUAUCCUAGCAAACAACAUUCCGUUUAUUUGAA